GCAUCGCUCAGAGAUGCAUUGCUACCAAGUACCACUUUUCCCAGCUGGUACGCUUGCGCAAUGUCCCCUUCAACCUGAUGAACACGAUCCACCCAGAUUGGCAUCUGCUCCAUAAGGACUUGAGAAGGAUCACGGGCAGAUUCCUGGGCAUGGCUGCAGGUGUUCUUCUCUGCAGAUGUGUCAUAACAGCAGUCAGCUUCUUUCAGGAGGAGAGCCUCACCCAGUAUGUUGCAGGUCUGCUGCUCCUGAUGACAGGAAUAUUUUGCACUAUAUUCCUCAAUGCAGCCAGCUUAUCAUAUGACCUAAACCACCUCCGCGCAUUCAUCUAUACUCUUCCUGAUGCUGUAGAACAUGGAUACGACUGGUCUGUAUUUCGUGCUUGGUGCAGUCUGGGAUUUACAGUAGCAGCUGGGUGCCUUUGCACAGCUUACCCGUUUGUUAGCAGGGGCAACAUUAUGCAGCUGAAGUCCACCAGAGACUCAUCUAUAUGA